UGUUUGGUUUUUAUAUCUUGCAAAGAUUUUUUUUUUUUUUUUGAUCUAUGGGAAACCUAGGUGAAGAUCUGGAGUCACCAGUAAAUUCUAUAUAUCUAUAGCUUAGGAGAAGGGUCUGAGUUGGACCUUAAGGUUUGACAGGAUUAACAUAAAGGUGCAGUUAACAUCAAUGCAUGAAUAGGAUAAUUCCUAGGCUUCUGGUAGAGGUAGUGGGUACCUUUGUACCAGUCUCUUGUACUCCUAUCACCUGCUGCACAUGUCCAUAGGCCUCUUCUGAGGAAGCUGCCAAAGGUGGUUCUUUAUACACAAGUCUCCCUAUUUUGUACUAUAAAACUGACUACCGGUAGCUAACACCGUGCAGACCCGUCCUUCGUGAUGCAAGCCCUAUUCCAGGCUCCGCUGCUGCUGCUGCUGCUGGCCCUAGGCUUGCUUCUCACCGGCCCUGCAGCCCCUGUGAGCAUCCACCUGAAGCAGCUUGGCAGCUUCUCCUGGGAUAACUAUGACGAAGGAAACCCUGCGGUGAUCAAAAGCCUGACUCUGGAGCCUGACCCCAUAGUUGUGCCUGGGAAUGUGACCAUCAGUGCCAAGGGCCAGACCAGUGUCGCCCUCAGUUCUCCUCUGAAGGUGGAAUUAACUGUGGAAAAGGAAGUGGCUGGCUUCUGGGUCAAAAUCCCGUAUGUGGAACAGAUUGGCAGCUGUACAUAUGAUGACUUCUGUAAUGUGCUUGAUACUUUUAUUCCCCCUGGGAACCCCUGCCCAGAGCCCUUGCACACCUAUGGGCUUCCCUGCCACUGUCCUUUCAAAGAUGGCACCUACUCACUACCCAAGAAUGAUUUCACCAUGCCUGACCUGGAGCUGUCGAGCUGGCUCAGCACCGGGAACUACCCCAUCCAGCACAUCCUGAGCAGCGGUGGGAAACGUCUGGGUUGCAUCAAGAUCGUCGCCUCUCUCAAGGGCAAAUAGCGGGACAGCAGCCACAGCAGAAUAAAAGGGUGUGAGGAAGGUCUCUUUUCCUCUGCCUUGCGUCUGCCAAGGCCAACUUCUGACUCUGCCCUUCUCCAGCUCCUUUCUACAAUGAGUCUGCUACCCUCCCUGAAAAUCAUCUUGCACCACUGACAUUUUAGGCUGGGGCAAGCAGCCCUGACCUAAUGGAGGUCGAGCCUGGCAUCUCUUGAUGGCCCAGGACAUCUGCUGGGCAAGCCACGUCCCUUCCCCCACCUCUGUCACCUUCUUUCUAAAGAGCUUCAUUCGUUUCCCAAACACUCAAGGAAUGGGAACCAAUGUGUUUUGGGACUUCCAAUUUAAACUUCCCCAGUCUUGGCCUCCUAAACUACCUUUAUGACUUUCUUUUAUUUAUUUAUUUAUUUAUUUGAGACAGAGUCUCACUUUGUUGCCCAGGCUAGAGUGAG